CGGCGGCUUUAAUAUAGUGGACGUGCAAGGUUGAUGCACUGCCACAUUAAGCGACAAUGUUUAAAAGGCAGAGAGAACAACUUCCACUUCCUCCUCCACAUUCAUUCUUACUAGGACCUCGUCACUCGGCUCCUUUUCAAGUCAAUCAGAGAUAAAGAAAAGCGCGAUUUUUGUGCAAAUUAAUUGCCCAUCACUUGAGGGGGAUGAGGGGGAUCUGAUGGCCCCAUACAGAACCAUUACGCGGCCUCGACGUUCAUUUUGAGUCCAAGCGACGAGACUUUGUACGGAAUACGAACAGAAAAAGGAGCUUCGUCAAUCAUUUUAAAGGAGGAUUCAUAUUCGUAAGAGGAUUAUCACUCGACGGAUUAAUUUAAAAAAUAUUCUCCGUCUUCAAACAAGUCUCUCCUUUCUUCGAGAUCUUUUGCUUUGGUCUUUUGGGUGGCGGCGUAAGAGCCGACUAAUCCAAUUACUCAUGGGGCCACGCAAUGCCACGCAACGCAUCGUCGCUCUUGACCAUCAAAAACUUGCCUCAGCUCCGCCCAGAAGAUAUCUACCAUGUCCCAAGAACGAAUACCUUACUCCCUCUGCCAUGGAAUCUUCAACAUGAGACUCUUGCGGUUUAACCGUAAAUUUUGAGUUAAAAAAUGCUUCCUUGAUCUUGACUUUGACAUCCAUUCCAUUUGACAUGACUGCAACAAGACAAUGCCCCCACCACAUCCCCCCGUGUUAUCCACCACGCACGAACACGAUCUUAUUGUCGAUGCUUCUAUUUUGAGCAUCAUAAAGCCACCGCUGCCAAGCCGACGUCCGAGAACUGCUCAGUCACCUAGCAAUGCCGAGGUCUUGGUACCGCCACUCAUCGCUGGCGCUCUCGUUGCUGCUUUUGCCACUGCCCUUGCCGAUGGGUUGAACAACGAACUCCUCACCCAUUAUUAUCUCCCUGAGCAAAAGUUUCGCGUCAACAUUGAUAGGAUAUUGGAUCGACUGUUGUCUGAGUUCACGUUGAUGUUAUGGGAUGAACUUUGGGCUUUCUAUUGUGACUCGAAUCCAGACUCGACUGAGCAAAUUAAGAAAUUGUUCGAUGGACCUGUUUGUCAACUUAUAUUGAUCCUCAAUGGGCCAGAAGCACCGCGAUGCCUACUCGAUAAACUCGGUCCCGGUAUAUCACGACGUCCUGCGACAUGGUCCGAGGCAGCACGGGGCAUUGAACUGCCAGUUGCUCUCCAACUCUUAUGCAGUUACUGGGACAGAGAAUACCCAGCCCGUUCACCCAGGGGCACACCGAAUGAAAUUGCUGCUUCUCUCCAUACCUAUAUCACGACAGGAAGGUCUGCGAGACAUCUUAUCUCAAGGAUACGCGAGGUCUUGAUCUCGCCCCACUAUGUGCAAAUGCAUCUCAUGGAAUCAGCUCUCUGGCACAUCCUCAUGAAACCCCCUUAUCGACCCCCUAGCGAUGGAUUCCACGCCAUCCAGUUCAAAUUUGAGUGUCAACUCUUUGGACCCCUUCAAGGCAUCGGAGAUCCUCAACUCGUCAAAAUGGGCUCCUUGCCAGCUAUUACUGGCACCGCAAAUGACUGCGUUUACACCACGAUAUCUGAGUAUACAAUGAAGCAGUGGCCCAAGUGCGGCGAACUCCUCCUGGGAUGUAUCGAAGACGCCGUCAAAGAAGCUUCGGCGUCGAGCUGCGAGGGCCACUCAUUCACCGGCAUGUCGAUUUGGGAUGGUACCGAAAACCCGUUCUUAUGUCCUGGACUACGCCUGCUGCACGUCGAGGUCGAAGAUGGCUCAAUACGCUUGACAGUAUCGGCAUGGACCCACACCAUGAUAGAAAUCUUACAACAGAUGGCGUGGACUUGCGCAGCACUCAGCUCCUCGCCAUUUCAGGGUUCCCUCUCUGAGAGCGCCAUUGAAGUGUCGGAUUGGCAGUACAUGGACGAUUCAAUCUUUGUCGAGUGUAAUCUUUCGCAUCGACCUGUGCCGGAAGGAGAUGGCUCAGCGUGGCUGAAGCAGCUGGGAGGGGCUGCUAUUGCAAACGGAUUCCCGAUAAACCAUGUAAGAGAAGAUUCUCAGAUGACAUAGAGUGGAGGUUAUGAGGGCCAGAAGGGACGAGUAUAUGACAGAGCUUUUAUUCUAGAUAAAAUGAUACCCGUAAUUAAGCAUUGAAUGAUGGUUCAACAUUUCGAUCUUUGAGAGAUUCACGUAAUGGUAGGCUUAGAGGAUCUCGUAUAUUCUUUCUGUCUUUGAAG